GACGUUGACGGGGUGCUUUCGGUCUCAUGCUGUAAUCUUAUUUAAAUCUGCUUUUCGAUUGAUUUCUCUGGAAUAUAAUUCACGUUUAAAUGGAUUUUAAGGUUCUCUGUGUUUCUGCUCAGAUGUUUGGCUUUCUAUUUUUCGUGCUUUUUUCACACACUGCUAAUGGAGACGUGAGCUAUUCUUUUCCAGAGGAGAUGAAGCGCGGAACUGUGAUUGGAAAUUUAGCCAAAGAUAUCGGGCUUGACGUGAACAGAUUGUCAUUUCGUAAACCUCGCAUUGACACUGAAGGUAACAGAAAACGAUUUUGUGAAAUUAAUUUGAAUUCUGGAGAGCUGACUGUAGCGGAGAGGAUCGACAGAGAGGCGCUGUGUGGAAAGAAAGCAUCAUGCCUCAUAAAACAGGAGCUCGUGCUUGAAAAUCCCUUAGAACUUCAUCGCUUUGUUCUUAAUAUUCAGGACAUCAACGAUAAUUCGCCAAUAUUCAAGCAGAAAUUGAUUAAAUUCGAAAUACGGGAAUCAGCAGACAAAGGAUCUCGUUAUUUAUUAGAAGAGGCCCAUGAUGCGGAUAUUGGCGUGAAUUCGGUGCAGUCAAACACCUUGCAAAGUAAUGAUCACUUUCUUUUAAAUGUAGUUACGCGUGAAAAUGGAAGGAAAUAUGGAGAGCUCGUGUUGAAUAAAGAGUUGGAUCGCGAGCAGCAGAAAGAGGCGACUUUAAUUCUUACUGCGGUUGACGGUGGGACUCCACCGAGAUCAGGUACUGUAGCCAUACACGUCACUGUGCUGGAUGCUAAUGAUAAUGCUCCAGUCUUUAGUCAGGCCGUCUACAAAGUCAGUCUGCCUGAAAAUUCUCCUGUAGAUACUGUAGUGGUUACAGUUAGGGCUACUGAUGCUGACGAGGGAUAUAAUGGAGAGGUGACAUAUGCAUUUGGUCAUUUAUCAGAAAGUCAUAUGGACGUGUUUUCCCUUAAUCCAGUUUCUGGUGAGAUUAAAUUAAACAGAUUUAUUGAUUUUGAGGAAGAGAAUACAAUUGAACUUCCGAUUCAAGCCAAAGAUGGUCAAGGAUUAGCCAGUUAUUCCUCUGUGUUUAUUAGUAUUGUUGAUAUCAAUGAUAACGUCCCUAUAAUAAUAAUUAAAUAUUUGAAUAGUCCCGUUGCCGAGAAUGCCUCACCCGGUACAGAGGUUGGCAUCAUAAAUGUUCAGGACAGAGACUCUGAGAAUAACGGACAGGUGCGCUGCUCCAUUCAGCAAAACGUCCCAUUUAAACUCGUUCCUUCAAUCAAGAAUUACUAUUCUCUAGUGACCACAGGUGAAUUAGACCGCGAGUUAGUGUCUGAUUAUAAUAUCACAAUUACUGCUACAGAUGAGGGCUCUCCACCUUUAUCUUCCACUAAAAAUAUUCACUUUACUGUAUCUGACGUGAAUGAUAAUCCACCUGUAUUUGAAGAACAGAAUUACAGAGCCCACGUGCAAGAAAAUAACAAACCAGGCUCCUCUAUUUGUUCAGUAUCAGCUACAGACCGCGACUGGAGACAGAAUGGCACUGUAGUUUAUUCUCUGUUAAUUUCUGAUGUCAAUGGCGAAAUUUCCUCCUUUUUAUCCAUCAACGUAGACACUGGGGUCAUUCAUGCAGUAAGGACAUUUGAUUAUGAACAGUUAAAGAUUUUUAAAGUGCUGGUAUUAGCCAGAGAUAACGGUUCUCCUCCUCUGAGUAGUAAUGUGACCGUGAGUGUCUUGAUAACGGAUGAGAAUGACAACAUCCCUCAGAUAUUAUACCCAUCUCCGGAUGGAAACUCGUUCAUGACCGAGAUGGUACCCAAAGCUGCUCAGGCGGGCGCUCUGGUGUCCAAGGUGAUCGCCGUGGACGCGGAUUCUGGACAGAACGCGUGGCUCACCUAUCACAUUAUUAAGGCAAGUGAUCCGGGACUUUUCACUAUCGGUGUCCACAGCGGAGAAAUCAGGACACAGCGAGACCUUUUUGAAUCUGACAGUAUGAAACAGAACAUUAUUGUCUCUGUGAGAGAUAACGGACAGCCCUCUCUCUCUACCACGUGCGCAUUGUAUUUACUUAUAUCAGAUAACUUGGCUGAAGUUCCAGAACUGAAAGACAUGUCUCAUGACGAGAGCAGCUCCAAACUCACUUUUUAUUUGAUCAUCGCGCUGGUCUCCGUUUCAACUUUCUUCAUGACCUUCAUCAUCAUCAUUCUGGCCGUCAGGUUUUGUCGCAGGAGAAAGCCCAGAUUGUUGUUUGAUGGAGCUGUAGCCAUUCCCAGCGCGUAUCUUCCUCCAAAUUACGCAGAGGUGGACGGCGCGGGAACUCUUCGCAGCGCUUACAAUUAUGACGCAUACCUGACCACGGGCUCGCCUACAAGUGAUUUCAAGUUCAUCAGAUCUUAUAAUGAGGGCACACUGACUGCUGACAUGACGUUGAAAAAGACGCAGUCUGCUGUAGAUGAUCUUGAGGGACUUGAUUCCGAAAUUGAUGAUUCGUUUCAGAUCCAGCAUCUGCCGGGAUUAAACUGAUGAGGUUUAUUGACUAUGAGGAGGAGAGUGUUAUCAUACUACCAAAUCAAGCCAAAGAUGGUCAAGGAUUAGCA